CAAACCACAAGUGUCAGAUAAUUGUUUAGUGUUUACUAAGGUUUUACUGUCUUAGUGUUUUCACAUCGACUGCUCGGCUGCUUUGCUCUGUUGUGUUGCGCAGAGCUAGCUGAGCUUCGUAUGAAGUGCUGCCGUUCGUUGCGUGUUUUAUAUGUUAUUUUAAGUUAGAAACAAAACAGUGCUGUGUUCGUGAUACAUCGUCUUAUAGUCAAGUAUGCUCGUGGGUGUUAACUAUACAUUUUCUCAAAGUUUAUUAGCAAUUAUAUGUAUUUAUAUAACAAAAUAAUAUGUCAGAAGAAGUAUUGGCGGCAGCGGCGUUAGCCCUGAUUAUUUUAGCUAAAAGGAGAAAAGAACGUCGAAAGAAAACUAAGCGUUGCUGGGUGCAGCCCUGGCUGCAAACAAGAGAUGAAGAAGGAAGAGGAAUUUAUAAUACGUUAAUGAAUGAGGAGAGACCAGAAGAUCCGCUUGAAUUUUCCAGAUUUGUGCGGAUGGAUUGUGCAUGUUUUGACAAGCUACUGUCAUUUAUUGGCGUGCAUAUUCGUAAGGCAAACACCGUCAUGAGGGACUCAAUUUCGCCGACACAAAGGCUGGCAGUAACAUUGCAGUAUUUAACAACAGGAGGGACCUAUCAGAGCCUGUCAGUUGCUCACAGAAUUUCUGUUCCAUGUAUUUCGAAAAUGGUUAUGGAAGUGUGUUCCGCAAUUUGCAGUACACUGAAAGACAAGUAUUUAAAGGCUCCAGCUACAGAGAAAGAAUGGGAAAUAAUUGCAAGAGAGUUCGAUGAUUUAUGGCAGUUUCCACAUUGUAUAGGUGCUCUGGAUGGGAAACACAUUGCAUUCUCUCCUACACAAUUUAGUGACUCUUUUGACAAUAAGAAAUUUAAUAGCGUAGUUUUGCUUGCUGUUGUGGAUGCACGAUAUCGUUUCAUACUUGUGGAUAUUGUUUGCAGCAACAAAGGCAAUGAUGCGGAUGUGUAUGUCAAUAGCAAAAUUGGUACUGCACUGCAAGAGAAUUCGCUCAAAGUUCCGCAGGAAAGAGUUCUUAAUUGCAGCAGCAUUUCAGUACCUUAUGUAAUGGUAGCAGGUGAUGCUUUUAGCCUACAGCCAUGUAUUGUGAAACCUUACAAGCACUGUGAAGGUGAAAAGUCCAAAACUUUCAACAGCAGAUUAUCAAGGGCAAGACAUGUAGUUGAUAAUGCUUUCAGUAUUUUGGCACGCCGUUUUAGAGUUGUGUUACGUACAAUAAAGCUACCUAUAGAGAAAACUGAAGUUCUUAUCAAAACAGUGUGUCUUUUACAUAAUUUCUUGAUAGAUGAAGCAGACAGCACAUAUCUGUCAAGCAUGAACUCUGUGAACACUGGCCAAGACCAAGUAGAGGGUACUUCUUGCAGUGAGGAUUGCGUUUUGCAAAGCAUCCAUCAACAACAGGAAAACCACAUAUCAUCGGCUGCAAUAGAUGUCCGUGACAAGUUUUGUGAAUAUUUCAGCACCAGUGAAUAUGUACCACAGCAGUAGAAUUUUGGAAAUAAAUUUACUGUCAUAUAUUUCAUAGGAAUAUUAUUAAAUUUCUAUUUUGAGUAUUCUGCAGCUGGAAAUACCAUGUGAUAAUAUAUUUUUAUGGUGUCUCCUUGUGUAUGUAUGAUGUGUUGGUGGCAGCUGUCAGCAGAUAAAAGCGCUUAUUUAUUUAUUUAUUUGUUUGUUUGAUUGUUUAUUUAUUUAGCCUGCUGUGAUUAGGGCUAUUCAGCCCUCUCUUAUAUCUGACCAGCAUUUCAGACAUAAAGUACUUUGUUUUUACAUCAUAGUUACCUAAG